AAAGAAGAGGUACUGGUAAUGGAAGCUUACCAGAGACGCAUUAGUUUGAAUGAACAAAUAUUGUCCUCUUUGAGAAAGGCGAAAGUUUUCAAGUUACAUGAAAAACGGGUCAACUCCAUGGAUUUUUCCUCUAACGGAGAGUUUCUCAUCACUUCUGGAGAGGAUGAGAAUCUCCAGUUGUAUUCAGCCGUUCAAGGCAAGCACCUUAAGACCAUCCCCGUCAAAAAGUAUGGCGCAGGUCUUGUUCGCUUUACGCAUCAUAACUCUGCUGCUAUAUGUGCUUCACAAAAUGACUUUGACCACUCUCUUCGCUAUCUCUCUGUUCACGAGAACCGCUACUUGCGUUAUUUUCAGGGACACUGCGAAAAAGUAAUAUCUCUAGCCAUGUCUCCAAGAGAUGAUACUUUUUUCUCUUCUUCACUUGACAAAUCCAUUCGUUUUUGGGAUCUGCGAGACGAGAGAUGUCAAGGCAUCCUGCGUUGCCACGGAAGAGGUGUUGUGGACUAUGACCCUGAGGGUGUAGUUUUUGGGGUUGCGUAUUCCGAAGGACGAAAACUGGUUAUCAAACUUUUUGAUCUGAGACAGUUUUAUUUGGGACCUUUUUAUGACACUACUAGAGAUGUUCCUACUACAGCAGACACUUCUUGUCUGAAGUUCUCAAAGGAUGGUCGUUUCAUGUUAGUGACUACGGCAGAGCCUCAGCCAAAGAUACAGCUAUUUGACGCUAUCGAACCAGCAAAUUUACUUUUUACAUGUACAGGACAUUCCAACGACGAGAGUAACUAUUUGGAAGCUAGCUUUACGCCAGAUUCCAAGCAAGUUAUUAGCGGGUCAGAAGAUGGUUCGAUUUUUAUCUGGAGCACAAGUACUGGGAAGCACAUUGUGACUUUGACUGGCCAUGAAGGCCCUACUUGUGCUGUGCAGUGGAAUCCUCAAUAUGCUAUGAUGGCAAGUGCUUGCCAGAAUGUUGUCUUUUGGUUACCUAGUACUAUACCUACAUAAGAAAAUGAAUUUUGAGAAGUUUGAAGCUCAUUGAAUACUACGUUGUCAAGAGGAGAGUAUAAUACAAUGGGAAAGACUUGGCUAUCGUGUGAUACGCAAGGUAGUUGCGUGAACGUCCUCAAUAGAGACUCAGUUUAUAACUCAACAGAAGAUAGUUCUGUCAGAACGCACCAUGGAUUUUGGAUGCCCUAGGUGUCAGUAAACCAAAUUGUAGCUUUCGAUAUCUGGUCUGAAAUGUCCAUAACUUUGCAGCUGCUUUUUAUUAGUAAAACUUUGAUAUUGAAACACUGGGACUCACAGUAAUUUGUCCUUUGUCAUAUAUUUUCAAGCAGCGUCUCAAGUUGCACAACUAAACAUGUUCUUAAGAAAAGUAAUGUGCGUUCUCGAAAACAAUUUUGUAGGAACUUUUGAUACUGCCUGUGAAGUUAAUCUCGAGAAACCUUGUGAAGAAGCUCUAUAAUUUCGGAAUUUUUCUAUUGUUUUACAUUUCCCUUUUCGAGAAUAAGUUCAAGGUGUUUAUAUCCACUUUUUGACUCCAUGAUAUUGAUAAACUUAGCCUAUUGUCACUAUUUAGCUUGUUUCUCCGAACGUUUCAAAGAUUUAUCUUGGAGUUUACUAGAAAAUCCAUUCAGUUUUGUACAAGAUAUCUGCGACCGCCGUCUUCAAGAAAAAUGCCACUAUUUUA